AUGGCGAAACGUUCGAAGCUGUUGGAAGGAAAAGACAUGUGCAUCGAACAUUAUGAGCGGCUGUAUUUCGAAUCAGUGGGAGUAUACUCCUCAAUCAUUCCCUAUCCAAGCGAAUGGGCUCUGGUCAUGCUAUAUUUCGCUGAAAUUAACACCCUUCUACCAUUGAUCGACCAAGAGACAUUUCAGCAACAAUAUCGGCAGAGAAAAGCAUCGCCACAUCUAAUCAAAGCAAUAUGUUUAGUCACAUUGCGACUCAGUUCAGCAGCCUCUUAUAUUCGAGGUUCCUCAGACGGUUGUGUAAUUCACGAUGACCACGCAGACAAACGGAAUGUCUGCAGAGCACAAGAAUCACUCAAAGAGGGCGCUCGAAGCUCGGCAGCAACUCUCGCUCGAAGACUGUACACUGCACUGCGGGCUGCAGUGAUUGAAGGCAACCUCGAACCAGAUCGGGUUGACCGUAUACGCAUCCUGGCUUUGAUGUCACUCGUCAUGCCUCUUACUCACGCUGAGUCUAGCGGGACACACCAUCUAUCACGGUAUCUCCACCAAGCUGUUUGCGAGGCCCAGUCCCUUGGACUACAUCUGGGCUCUACGUCUACGAAGGCCAGCGACACAUUUUUGCAGAAGAAUGUGUCAGUCAGAAAAGCCUCACGAGCUGAAUCCCGUCUCUGGUGGAGCUUGUACGUCUUGGAUCGACUUGGAACCUUUAAUGAUUCCAGGAAGCCUCAUUACAUCCAGGAUCGAGAUAUAGGCAUGCAACGUCGAAAAUUGAUGAUAGAAUCGGGGUUCCUCCGUCAAGACGAUCAACACACUCUCGCACUCUGGAUUGACCAGGUGGACAUCAUCACCCAACUCCGGGAAUCGCAGACUACAGGGAAAAGCAUACUGGAUGAAAACCAGUUGCGAGCAUCUAACGGAGGGGAUACCGUGGAAAUUGGAAAGACAUCUUAUCGGGAUAGCAACAUAUCCCAAGCUGCAAUGCCCAAUUCGAGCGUCUUCAACUCCACCUCCUCAAUCGCAGUCAGCGGGACGCAUAUGCGGUAA